UCCAUACAUACUUCAGAGUGCAAAAAAGCAAACAUGUAAUGCAACUGAAUUUAAUUCACAAAAGCCCCUCACACCAAAAUACGCGUUUCCGGGAGUCCGGAGUUCGAAAAGUUUAGUUUAGUAGUUGGCCGACUGUAUAAACACGAAGCAUCCCUUGCGCAUUCUAACUAGAACAGCCUGCUUCGUCGCGGAGACGAAUGGAUGCGGUCCCGAAAUCACAAAAAUAUCUGAAUCAAACGACAACUACAAGGAGAUUGCUAUGGGUAAUACGACAAGUGCUGUAGCUCAGCAGUGCUUGCUGAACGCCGUAGGAAACGAUGCAUCCCUAGUCGCAUUUCCGACGGCACCACUGUACGAAUCAGUCGAUGUGAAUCCUUAUAACCUGGAUUAUCCAGUUACGCCAGCUGCUGUCACAUUUCCUGAAUCUGCCGAGCAAGUUUCUGCCAUAGUCAAAUGCGCCGUGGAUGCAGAUGUUAAGGUGCAAGCCAAAAGUGGCGGCCAUAGCUAUGGUAAUUAUGGACUCGGAGGCAAAGACGGCGCGAUUGUCGUUGACUUGAGACAUUUCCAACAAUUUUCGUAUGACCCAGCCACCCAAUAUGCCACUAUCGGCGCCGGAACUUUGCUUGGUGACAUCGAUACAAGACUUCACAACGCUGGUGGUCGUGCCAUGACUCACGGUACCUCUCCACAGGUCGGUAUUGGUGGCCAUGCCACCAUCGGAGGACUUGGACCGACCGCUAGACAAUACGGAAUGGCACUGGACCAUGUCGAAUCUGUUCAAGUUGUUCUAGCAAAUUCCAGUAUUGUCACUGCUUCAACUACCGAAUACUCGGAUAUCUUCUAUGCCAUAAGGGGGGCUGGUGCUAGCUUUGGCAUCGUCACGGAAUUCACUGUCCGCACAGAAGCGGAACCCGGCAUUGCAGUCCAAUAUCAAUUCACGUUCAAUUUGGGAGACACGAGUUCACGUGCUAACACAUUCAAGGCGUGGCAGCAAUUCAUAUCUGAUCCCAGCCUCCCGCGAGAGUUUUCAUGUCAGCUUGUCCUGGCAGAGGGCAUACUGCUGAUUGAAGGUGAAUUCUUUGGCUCGCUUGCGGAUUUCGAGGCCCUCCAACUUGAAAGCAGAUUUCCUGUAAAUCAAGGAUACAACGUAACAGUAUUUAAUGACUGGCUUGCUCUCGUCGCUGCAUGGGGUGUUCAACUAGGCGAAGACCUCACCGGUGGAAUCCCAGCACAUUUUUAUAGCAAAUCUCUUCCAUUCAGCAAUACCACUCUUAUUCCGGAUGACGUUGUCGAUAAUUUUUUUGAGUACAUCGACACGGCUAACAAGGAUACGCUGUUAUGGUUCAUUAUAUUCGAUCUCGAAAAAGGCGCAAUCAGCGACGUGCCCGUCCAUGCAACCUCGUACGGUCAUCGAGAUGCGUUGUUCUGGCUGCAGUCAUACGCUGUCAACCUUCUCGGGCCUGUGUCUGUCACAACCAGCACCUUCUUGAAUCAAGUCAAUAAUAUCUUCCUGACUGGCAUGCCCAAUGUUACAUUUGGUGCAUAUCCUGGAUACGUCGAUCGCGAAUUAACAAACGGACCGGAACAGUAUUGGGGGACUAACUUGGAGAGGCUCAUAGAGAUCAAAUCGAUUGUCGACCCUCAGGACAUAUUCCAUAAUCCGCAAAGUGUUCCAUUGCAAUGAAUGAUCUACACUUGAAGGGACAGGAACGAUACGGCAGUCAUUGGACAUGUGUAAAGGUCGUUGUCCAGGGGCAUAUGUGUUAUGUUUUGUACAUAGUCAGUUCACUUCCUUGUCGAUAGUUCUGAAGUAAUAUGUUAUAAGCAUAUCGGAUUGCCAGGCAGCUGAAGAUAUCGCAUUGGCUUGUAACUGUAUCCGGCGGUUCCUUUUAAGUUGCGGUAUUAUGAUAUUCUGUUUAGUA